AUGGCUACAGCUGAAGGCCUUCCCCGGGCGCACGGUAAGCAUCCUCUUCCCAAAGCGCGGACCCCCUGGAAGACACUGACCCGCUGGUUGGGUAUACACAUAGAUCGCAAUGGUCGCCGCCGCCCAUUUUCCAGCUGGAUGAAGCGUCUGGCUAGUCUCAAGGGCUCUUCUGAGUCUGGGAGCAGCCGUUGGUCCCAUAAACGACACACAAACACCAAAUCGAAGAAGAGCGCAGGCCAAGACAAUAACCCGUACCCGCUGUCUGGUACAAUCAACCGCCCGAACCAAAACGACUCCUAUUCCGAGGUCGGGGAGCGUGAUGGCCAAGGGUCGCGUUCGCGAAGUGAUCCUUCUCUUGUGUAUUCUGGCUACGAGAACCCCAUUCCUGCGACAAGCGCCAAGUCAAACGCUCCUACUGUGUCGACCAACGAUGACACCGCACCCUCCGACGCUGGAUACUCCAAGGCAGGAACAUUGGCUACGGGAGGGGCAGGGACUCAGGGUGGAGGUGAGGGAAGCACGUUCUCGUCGCCGGCACCCUCGGUGCGAUCGUUGACUACGACGUUGACGACUGUGCAAUCGGCGGCACCAUCCACUCAGUUAUACCCCGCGCCGAACGCACAACAGGGUCAGACACACGGCAACGGCAACUCGACCCAAAGCUCCACCAACCAGCAGGUCCAAUUCUCGCACCAAUUCCCUACUUCUUCUUCGCCCGCUACUGCCGUACCUCCGCAUGUCAUACCCCACAGUCAUUCCAUGACUUACAGCACUGCUACCGCCAACAAUGUCCUCACCGAUAACGCAUCGAUCCUGACCUUGGCGAGUUCCUCCAAAAGACGCCGCCGCAACUCGUUGGAUACCAAUGCCUCCGUCCGUGCAAUGGCGCCGUCUUCAAUCUUCGGUGGCAGUCGCGAAAGUCUUCCGUUGAGCGUUCUCAGUGGCAACGUGGCCGAGCCAUCCAACACCUCGGCUUUCAAUUCCCAGGGUGUCCCCAGCCGACCCAGCGUGGUUGGCCUGGCCAGCGCUGAACGCAUCAGCGUUUACUCGUCGUCUGGUACGGCACCCAUGGCUGGUGGCUCUGGGGAGCGAGGCAGCUUCUACACAUCCAAACAAAACCCCACCACUGGCGAUGGAGCGAGCAUUAGGAGUGGCGCACCAUCGCAUGGUCGGAACGACAGCACUGCUGCCAGUAUCACGGGUGUCGGCAGUCCUCUGGCCAUGACCUCCGGCCGUGUCAGCCGUCGCAGCUCUGGAUGGGGUGAGAUAGCCGGCGACGAGGAAGAAAAGGGAGAAAUUCGCGAAGAAGACGACAACAAAGAUGCAUCUCCACCUGGAACCAGACACGAGAACAGCUUCAAUGGAGAACCAAAGAUGAAAUAA